AUGGAACUCAUCCUCCAAACUGCGGUUACUUUUCUAUCACGCACAUGCUCGAUCGACGGACGUCAGCUCGCAAACAUGUCCAGGAGAUUCGGCCAGGCCGCAAUGCAUGGUCAACAUACCAUCACACGACACUGUACAUAUCAAGGUACAAGUACAUAUAAAGCAACAUGUCCUGGAAGUGAUCUAGAGAUGCUCGCUUUUACUUUCCAAAUCUCGUCUGGCAUUUGCAUAUCACAACCCGACAUUCAGUCUUCAUACAGCACAUUGCUAAUCUCAAUCUUACGCUGCUUCAAAGAAGAGGUCAAUGCUCUCGAGGAGCAUGAUAUUCGUCGAAUGCUUAAUGGAUCCCUUCUCCUUUCUUUUGAGAAGGAGACGUUGCUGCCUUCACCUUCACACACAGCCCCAUUCACGAUUUGCUACAAUCCAUUCCGCUAUUCAUCGAACAACAGGAUCUUCUUCACUGGCGAUGUUGAACGCCCGUCGACCCUGAUCCUUGGCAGAGUGGUCACAGAGGUAAGCACUGCUUUCAUCACGCUACUCGACAUUUCCCGGCGGCGACGCCGCACCAAGCUGCAGAUGCAAAGGGGGCUGCAACACCAGCCAGUGUGCAUGUCGCAAAUUCGGCGCAUCCUGCUCACUGUUGUGCGACUGUAUGGAUUCUUGGGCCUUUCCCCUUUCAAGAGUCUCGUUCAAAUUUUCGGCGGAAUCGACACGAAAGAGUUGGCUCAAAUGACAAGAGGAGGCAUUCAAGGUGGUGUAGGAUUUUUGCUCCACCACUCGCGAUUAGAGAAGAUCACGACUAAACCCGCGAAUGCAUGCUUCACAAAGUUUCUAAAUCGCAGACAUGCUUUCAUUGACGUCGAGAACCUCAAAAUUCAGCUGAACGGAGACUCUGAGGCAUUCGAGUGUGACGCCAUCCUGGCAUCCUGGCGCGCUAUGCUGAAGAGCAUGCAGAAAAAAGGCUCGAGCGCGGCGGACGUGGACGAGCAUUUCCAACUCCUCUUCCAGUACGGCCUUGGCGAAAUUUCCGACAAAGAUCCAACAACUGCAAGGAAUGAGAAAGAGUCUCUACAUUUCUGGUCUUUCUGUCGUGGUGGAUGGGUGGAUCGAGAUUUGGUCAUGCACUGUUGGAAAUGUAACUCGUGCUACGACGACGCGUGGCAUUGCGAUACUUGUGGCGUCUGUAAGAUUGGACGCAAGUUUAAGUGUGAUGGAUGUGGUGGUUGGUCGGAAAUCGGGGCUGUUGAAGGGAUUGAAGAUGGACGGGCUGUGACUGCAGGACAAAAACGGGGUCGCCGGGCAGAGAAAAGGAAGCGAGAGUCGAUGCAGGAUGGGUCGCAUGCUGCUGCUCGAGCGACACAUGGUUGA